AUGAAGAAAAGGACCGAGGAGUCAGAACCAUCAUUCACUGACAAGUGCACAUCAGGGGACAAGGGCUCCCUCCACCAAGGGAACAAGGGCUCCCUCCACCAAGGGGACAAGGGCUCCCUCCACCAAGGGAACAAGGGCUUCCUCCACCAAGGGAACAAGGGCUCCCUCCACCAAGGGAACAAGAGCUCCCUCCACCACGGGAACAAGGGCUCCCUCCACCAAGGGAACAAGGGCUCCCUCCACCAAGGGAACAAGGGCUCCCUCCACCAAGGGAACAAGGGCUCUCUCCACCAAGGGAACAAGGGCUCCCUCCACCAAGGGAACAAGGGCUCCCUCCACCAAGGGAACAAGGGCUCCCUCCACCAAGGGGACAAGGGCUCCCUCCACCAAGGGAACAAGGGCUCCCUCCACCAAGGGAACAAGGGCUCCCUCCACCAAGGGAACAAGGGCUCCCUCCACCAAGGGAACAAGGGCUCCCUCCACCAAGGGAACAAGGGCUCCCUCCACCAAGGGAACAAGGGCUCCCUCCACCAAGGGAACAAGGGCUCUCUCCACCAAGGGAACAAGGGCUCCCUCCACCAAGGGGACAAGGGCUCCCUCCACCAAGGGAACAAGGGCUCCCUCCACCAAGGGAACAAGGGCUCCCUCCACCAAGGGAACAAGGGCUUCCUCCACCAAGGGAACAAGGGCUCCCUCCACCAAGGGAACAAGGGCUCCCUCCACCAAGGGAACAAGGGCUCCCUCCACCAAGGGAACAAGGGCUCCCUCCACCAAGGGAACAAGGGCUCCCUCCACCAAGGGAACAAGGGCUCCCUCCACCAAGGGAACAAGGGCUCCCUCCACCAAGGGAACAAGGGCUCCCUCCACCAAGGGAACAAGGGCUCCCUCCACCAAGGGAACAAGGGCUCCCUCCACCAAGGGAACAAGGGCUCCCUCCACCAAGGGAACAAGGGCUCCCUCCACCAAGGGAACAAGGGCUCCCUCCACCAAGGAGCCCUGAGGGCAAACCUUCACCCUGGGGAAACUAUGAGAGUGUUCUCUAAAAACACAUGUGAUCAUCCUCUCCAAUGUUGUGGUGUGACACUCUGGUGUGGCACUCUGGUGUGGCACUCUGGUGUAACAUGCUGGUGUGACAGUCUGGUGUGA